CCAGCUGUUCAAUAAAUGCACCAAAAAGGGGAAGGAAAGAUGUCAGGUGCCGGGGGAGGAAAACGUCCCUCAGGAGGGGACAGCCCCCCUGUCCCACCUGAGAAGAAGAGCAAAAAAGAGGAGAAGACCACUACCACUCUGAUAGAACCCAUACGCAUAGCAGGAGUCUCCUCUACGGAGGAAAUGGAUAUGAAGGUCCUCCAGUUCAAGAAUAAGAAGCUAUGCGAGCGCUUGGAGCAGAGACAGACGAUGGAGGAUGAGUUACGAGAGAAAAUUGAGAAGCUGGAGAAGAGACAAGCCACCGAUGACACCACCCUGCUGAUUGUCAACCGCUACUGGUCCCAGUUGGACGAAAAUGUGCAAGUUCUGCGGAAACGUAUUGAGCCCGGCACUCCGGUGUCAUCGACCCCUGCCCCACCUGCACCCCCCCUGCCUGAACCAACACCUAUGGAGGAAGAUGGUGUCAGUCUGGCCUCACCAACUUCCGCCGUGCCUCCACCUCCUCUACCAGCAAGUCCAAACGGGGGGGAGCUGGCAGAGAAGCAGGACGCGCAUCAGGAAGAGCGCCUAGAAGGGCAGAAGCAGCCCCCGCCUCCUAUUGGGUCAGAAGCGAUGAACCUCAAGGAGCUGCCACACGACUCAUCAACAGAUGCAUCGUCGCCCCCUCCUCCUCUAAGUGACAAUGCUAAGGGCUUCCUGGUUACUUUGGAGCACAGCAGCGAGGAGGAGCUCAGCCUGCACCUCCAAGACCGCAUGCAGUUCAGCAAGGAAGCCAUCGCCUGCCUGGUCUGCGUCUUUGACCGGCUGCACAGCCGCAUCGACAGCAUGUGCAAGCAAGUCCAGGCUGCAGCAUGUGAUGACGAUAGCCAAUCUGACAUAAUCAAUGAAAACCACACCCUGCUGGACGAAAACACUCGACUGCGAGACCUGACCACUCUGCUGCAGGGCCGACACCACAAGAUGUCCAUGGAGUACAACGAGUUAGUGGACAAGGUGACCAGCUCUGAGACCAAGGUGUCUGAGAUGGAGACGACAGUCGAGGACCUGCAGUGGGACAUCGAGAAACUGCGCAACAGGGAACAAAAGCUCAACAAACAUCUGGCAGAAGCCAUGGAGCAGCUGAAGUCCGGAUACAGCACCAGCAGCUCAGGAGGAAUCUCUGGAGGCCAGAUUACUCUGAACAUUCAGAAGUUUGAGAGUCUCAAUGCGGAGUUGGAGCACAACGCGGAGUUGGCGAAUAGCCGCAUGGCAGAGUUGGAGAAACUGCAGGCGGAGCUGCAGGAGGCAGUGAGGGAGAGUGAGAAGCUCAAGAUGGAUUUGCGGAAUAUUCCAGAAGACGUUGUGAAGGAGACUGUGGAGUACAAAUGUCUGCAGUCGCAGUUCUCCCUGCUUUACAACGAGUCCCUGGGGGUGAAAACCCAGCUGGAUGAAGCACGCGCCCUCCUGCUCACUGCCAAGAACGCCCACCUCCGACAGAUCGAGCACAUGGAGAGUGAUGAGCUGUCGCUCCAGAAGAAGCUGCGGACCGAGGUUAUCCAGCUGGAGGAUACCCUGGCCCAGGUGCGCAAAGAAUACGAGAUGUUGCGCAUCGAGUUUGAGCAGAACCUGGCAGCCAAUGAGCAAGCAGGGCCAAUCAACAGAGAGAUGAGGCAUUUGAUCAGCAGCCUUCAGAACCACAACCUGCAGCUGAAGGGGGACGUGCAGCGCUACAAGAGGAAGCUGCGGGAAACCCAGAUGGAGAUCAAUAAGUUGCGUUGUCAAAGUGGCGACACGGGGACUCUGAUCCUCGACGAGACGACGAAUGACAGCAUCGAAGUGAAGAAAGAGGAUGACGAGGACCAUGAGGAGGAGGAGGAGAGGAGGAAGGAGCUGGAGAGGCAGCGGGCCCGGGAGAGAGAGAGGGAGAGGGAGGCCGACCGAGAGCGGGAGAGGGAUCGGGAGAGAGAGAGGCAGCGCAGCGACGAGCUGAAGAGGAAGGACUCGGACACUCUGAAGAUGCUCAGAGUAGAACUCAAGAAAGCCCAGGAGUCCCAGAAAGAGAUGAAGCUCUUGUUGGACAUGUACAAAUCAGCUCCAAAAGAGCAGAGGGACAAAGUUCAGCUCAUGGCCGCCGAACGUAAAUCUAAAGCUGAGGUUUGUUCUUUGAAUGCGCGCAUGAAGCAUUUGAUGUGAAUGCCGCGGCGCGACUCUAGCAGUUUCUUAGAUCCAGAGGCAGCACGACUGUUACUGUCUUGGCGUUGUUUUUGAUCCCUGACACGUCUGUCUCUCGAGGAGGAGGAAGCCCUGCUGAGUGAGAUGGAUGUUACAGGCCAGGCCUUCGAGGACAUGCAGGAGCAGAACAGCCGCUUGUUGCAGCAGCUUCGAGAGAAAGACGACGCCAACUUCAAGCUGAUGAGCGAGCGAAUCAAAUCCAACCAGAUCUACAAGCUGCUGAAAGAGGAGAAGGAGGAGCUGGCUGACCAAGUUCUCACAUUCAAAACCCAGGUGGACGCACAGCUGCUGGUGGUGCAGAGACUGGAGGAGAAAGAGGGCGUCCUGCAGAGCGCACUCGCCGCUCUGGAGAAGGAGCUGACUGUCCGGACACAAGGACUAGAACUCAACAAGAGGAAGGCGGUGGAGGCUGCCCAGCUGGCGGAGGACCUGAAGGUGCAGCUGGAGCACACGCAGGCCAAGCUGAAGGAGAUCCAGGUCUCUGUGGCGGAGAACCGCACCGCCCGGGAGAGGGAGAGCUCCAACCUGAAGAGAGCACAGGAGGAUCUGUCCAGGCUGAGGCGGAAGCUGGAGAAGCAGAAGAAGGUGGAGGUGUACUCUGACGCUGAUGAGAUCCUGCAGGAGGAGAUCAACCAGUACAAGGCCAAGCUGCGCUGCCCCUGUUGCAACACACGAGACAAGGAGACGGUACUCACCAAGUGUUUCCACGUGUUCUGCUACGAGUGUCUGAAGAUGCGUUACGACACCCGGCAGAGGAAGUGCCCCAAGUGCAACUGCGCCUUCGGGGCCAACGACUUUCACCGCAUCUACAUCACCUAACUCCCCGAGAGGCCGAGGAGCGAGAAGGGAAAACUGUAGACAGAACCAAAGGAAUAGAGAAAAAGACUAUAGAAAUGAAGAUGUAUUUCCAAGAGGUGGACAUUUGUGGGAUAUCAGAUAUGUGUUCCCUGUUUUAAUCUCUCUUUGGAAGGACUUGUUUUACCGCAUCUUUGCCAUUUGGUGACCAAACAGAUAGUGACACAUCUGACUGAGAUUGUUGUGCUGUAGUUAAUAAACACAGAUGUUUGUGCAAACAGUGAUGUUCUUACAUGUCGAGCUGCUCUGCACUGUUUAUCCUGUCCUUGCCAUGUUUAAACAUCCUUUCUUUUUUUAUCAAGCUGGGCCCACUUUAAAAUAUUCCUAUUGUUUAAUGUAUUGAUAACUUGGAACUGCUGAGGUACAUCUGACUGACGCAAUUCUUUUCAUUGUUUUGUCCUGCUGGUUUAUGAAAAUCCUGUGGAAUCAGUGAAGCUGCAUUUUCAGAAUUAAAAGAAGCCGUGCUUUACAGACCCGAGGCCUGCAUGUGUAGGACUAAAUAUGUUUCUAAUACGUAAAGCACGACAGCCAAGGUUUUGUAACUUCCCUGCUUAGGCUAUAGUAUUAACAAUGAGAGACGUCAGUGAGUUUGGUGACCCGUCAGCACAUACAGCAGUGUGUGGAUCACCUUGGGCAAGGUCCUCUGUGUGUGUGUGUGUGUGUGUGUGUGUGUGUGUUCAUCCUGUUGCCAUGGUUCCCGUUGGAGAGUUUGACACAACAUCUGCAGCUUAUAGUGCCUCAUUACAGAUGAAAUCACUGCAAUGGAAAUUCGGCUCAUAUGGGUGUCCUUAGUGGGCUGCGCUGCUCCAGGUCCUGCUUUGCUAAAGGUUAGCCGUGACAGAAGAGUACAAAAACAUCUGCUUAACAACAUGCCUCUUACCUAAUUGCGCCAAUGAAACCCUGUUCCCUCUGUUCGGAUGAUGUGAACUAUUUACUGGGAGGUGGGUUAGCGUCUGUUUGACGUUAGCUCUUGUGGGAAAGGCAGUUCGCACCAUGUAGCACAUGCAUAAAAAGUUCCAGGCUGUGAAGAAAAAAGUUUAUCGGGCAUUUGGGAGCAGUUGAGUAAGACUUCUUUGAGAAUUAGCUAUACUGUUGGCAAAAAUCAGACUAACAUGUUUACAUUGGCAAUAGUUGUUUACUCGUAUGAAUGUGCACAACCUGUUCUUAAUAAAUUUGUAGUUUUGA